UAAACCAAACAACGUUUGAAUCAAUUUAAAUCUUGGAUCAAGUUUAAUAUUUAAAAUUUAUCAGUGGCUUAUUAUUUAUUUUUUUUUUUAUUCAAUAUGAUACCGAUUUUUUUUUUGUACAAUUAUAACAACAAUAAUAAUAAUUUAAACGAAUUUGUUUUUUUCCAUACAUAUGACGUGUUAAAAAUUUAUAAAAUAAAGUAGUACUAAAAACCAGAUAAGAAUAAUGUCCUGCCAUGCACAGUAAAAAUUAAUUUAUUGUCAAUAACUAUACUUACUAUUAAUUGAUUAAAUUAUUAUUAUAUUUAUUCAUCUAUAUAUCUAAUAAUAAUUCUAAAAUGGGUUCUAUUGCAUUGGAGGAGUAUGAAUUAAUGAAAGAUGCUAAAUACCGAGUUUAUGUGUCAGCGGUAGAUAAAGCAUUGAAAAACUUUGAAUAUACAAGUGAAUGGGCUGAUUUAAUAUCAGCACUGGGAAAACUUAAUAAGGUUUUAUUAAGUCAUAUGAAAUUCCCUGUCAUACCUCGACGUAUAAAAAUAUCUAAAAGAUUAGCACAGUGUAUGCAUCCAGCACUACCAUCUGGAGUACAUUUAAAAGCAUUAGAAACAUAUGACAUAAUUUUCAAAUGUAUGGGAACUAAUCGACUAAGCCAUGAAUUAUUUAUAUACAGUGCAGGGUUAUUUCCUCUUCUUGGUAAUGCUGCUAUGAAUGUGAGACCAACUUUAUUGACUGUUUAUGAAACUCAUUUUGUACCACUUGGUGAAAGAUUAAGACCUGGAUUGAGUGGUUUUCUAAGUGGAGUUUUUCCAGGAUUAGAAGAAGGAUCCGAUCAUUUUGACAGGACAAAUUUUUUAUUGGAGAAAGUAUGUGAAGGUGUAGGCUCUAAACAUUUUUAUACAUGUUUAUGGGAUUGUUUAGCCGCAAAUUCAAGUAUCCGAUUACCUGCUAUAUUAUUUGUUUUAUCUCAUUUUAAUAAAAAAUUAACUAUGGCAGAACAACCCCAUGUCAUGGGAACAAAUAUUAAUAUAAUGGUAUCUGCAUUGAUUGCUGGAAUUCAAGAUAAUUCAGUACUUGUUCAACGUAGUAUAUUAGAUCUUUUAUUGAUAGGAUUUCCGUUACAUAGUUGCAGCACUAGCAGUAAAAGUAAUUUAACUAAUUUUAAUUAUGAUUAUAAUGAUGAUAACUAUAUGGUUGAUGUUGGUCAAGAAUAUAGUAACAUUGAUAAGCUACUGUUGAAGCACAGUGAUAUGGUAUCAUUACUUACUGCUGCUUUAGCAACUUUGUUAAGAAGAGAUAUGAGCUUAAAUAGACGAUUGUUUUCAUGGUUACUCGGUACUGAAGUUAAAAAUAGUGAAACGACUGAAACAUCAACAGUAACAACAACAACAACAACAACAACAACAACAGCAGCAACAACAACAACAACAACAACAACAAUAACUAGUGAUAAUACAUUUACAUCGACAUCAAUACUAAAAGUAACAGAAGCUAAAGACUUAUUGACACUAGUUGAUAAAGAUUCAUCAACUUAUUUUGAUAAGUAUUCAAAAAAAUUAUUAAUUGAAGCUCUCAGAUCAAUAAUGAAAAGUGUGUGUGGUGAUAAUGAAGAAAAAUCACAAAUAAUACAAUCAUCAUUAGACGUAAAACCAUAUAAAAUAUUGGUUUCAUUGUUAGAUAAACCUGAAAUUGGUCCAUUGAUAUUAGAUGAUAUUUUAUAUGAUGUAUUUCGUACAUUUUACAUAGGUAUUAUGCGAAAACAAACAGUUGCAUCAACAAAUAAUAAAAGUUUAAGUAAAUCACCUCAUUGUCAGGAAAUAAUUAAAUCAGCAAAUCUUUUAUUUUCAAGUCAAUUAGAACCAGCUUAUGUGUGGCGAUAUUGUGGACAAUUGGUUGAAAAAGUAUGUAUCGUUAAAGAAAAUGAAUAUCAACAUCAAGAACAGGAAAAAAAUUAUUAUAAAGAAAAAACAUCAGUAAAUAUUUCAGUGUCUUGUUGUCAAGUACAACCUGUCGGAAAUGGUAUCCCAAAUUUAAUGGAAUUGUGUAUUUUAAUUGAAUUUUUACUUGAAAAUGUUGAUACUACAUUUUUUGGUGAUGUACCUUCAGAUCAUUUACCAGAACUUUUUCAUGAAAUUAUAAAUCAAUUGUUACAACGAUUACAUAUUUUUACAUCAAUUGAAAUAACUAACAGCCUUGUACUAUGUAGUAAAAUUUUAUCUAAAAUUCAACCAAUGAAAAUUACAGGAGGAGGAGAAGGAGAAGAAAAAAAAGAAAAAGAAAAAGAAAGAGGAAUAAAUCAAGAACAAACAGUUUCACAACAAAAAAAACAACAUAACUCUACAGAUAAUAGUAAUAAAAAAUUAUUGAAUUUUACAUUAGUAUCAAAAAAUUCGUCACUUGAAAAAAGUUUGUCUGAUAGUAAAUUAAAUCAACCUAUAAAAUUUUUAAAUUUGAAUAAUAUAUUAUCAUCAUCAUCCUCAUCAAAUUCAUCACCGAAAAGAAGAAGAGCUAAUUCUGGUGGAUUAAUUAAAAAAAAUGAUAAAAAAAUUAAAAAAACAUCUAGUAAAAGUGCAUCCAAAUUAAAUGUUGAAAUUUUAAAUAACCCAGAUUAUGACAAUAGAGAUGAUAAUCACAGUGGUUAUAAUGAUAAUGAUAACAAUGACAAGCAUACAAUACAAUUUAAAAGUAUAGAUGACUCAAAUAUAAAUUAUUCAAAAAUUAAUAAUGAUGAAAUUGAUGAUUCAUUUAUUGAAUUAAAUAAGAAAAAAUUAUCAUCAUCAUCAUCGUCAUCAUCAUCAUUAACAUCAUCAUCAUCAUCAUCAUCAUCGUCAUCAACAUCGUCAGUAAUAAUUGAAGAAUUACCAAAAUCACAGCAUUACUGUUGUUCAUCAGUAUUGGACAAGUGUCUUAAUAAAUAUAAAUUAUUUUAUGUUAAAUUAGUUAGUGAACGAAUAUUAUUAUCUCAAUUAAAAACUGAUAAAACAAUAUCAAAUAUUUUUAAAACUCUUAUAAAAGUGUCAAAUAAAAAAAAUAAUAAAAAAUCUUUAGAAUCAUUACUAAAUUCUAAAAUAUUACAAGAUAAUACUAAUAACAUUAAUAAUAAAUUAAACUCAAAUUUAUUAAAUAAUGUUAAACAAAUACCAGAAACAAUGACAUCAUAUUUGAAUUUUUUAAAAAAAUUUAAUGACACUAUGAUAACUACGACAGUAGUUGAUUUAAAAUGGGAACAAGUUUUGAAAUUUGCAUCUAAAUUAUUAGUUGAAUUAUCAACUUUUUCAAUAUAUUUUCAAAAUUCUGAUAAUAACAAUAUUACUAUUGACAACAACGAUAAUGAUGAUAGUAAUGAUUUAAAAUUAAAUGAUACAAAAACAAAAACAAAUUCAAUUAAUUUAUUAGUUUUACCAGAUUGGCUUCAAGUAUUGGUAAUAUGUUGUUGUUGUUUGAGUAAACAACCGUCACUUCAACUUACCAGUAUUACGACAUUAAUAGAUCUAUUGGCGUUAUCUUACAAUGAUAAAUUUUCACCAUGUAACCAGAUUAAUAGCAAUAAUAAUAAUAAUAAUACUAGUACUACUGCUAUCACUAAAGUAAUAAUAGUUCCAUUAUUAAAAAAAUGGCAUAUUACCUAUCUUAUAGAGUAUACAAAUGUUUUUCAAAUAUUAGCAUACUCAUUAUGGCAACAUCUUGAUAAACUUUCACCUCAUAAAUAUCACGUACAAUGUGUUGAAUUAUUAUAUGAAUUACAUUAUUUAUUAUAUCAAUAUCGAUCAUGUGAUAUUGUUGAAGAUGUUAUAGGAUUAACUUUAUCUGCAACAAAUGCUGAUAAUAAUGAUGAUAGUGAUGAUUAUGAUAAUGAUAAUAAUAAUAAACAAGAAAGACAAGUUGAAAUUUACAAUAGAUUUGCCACCCUUUGGCAUCUUGGAAGAGAUAUACGUAUUAAUAAUUCAACAAUCAUGAAGAUAGAAUCUAAUAAAUUAUUAGAAUCGUCAUCAUCAUUAUCGUUACCGCUGUUAUCAUUUAAUAAAUUAUUAUUAAAAAUGCUUGAUAAUCUUCAAUUAAAUGAUAAUUCGCCAUUAAAAUUACAUGCACAAUCAUGGUUACAUCACUCGUUAAUUCGUGGUGACAUUACUAGAAUUGUAGAUCCAGUACUUUUGAUGUUACUAGAUUCAUCUACUUGUCGUAUGAGUGUACUUUAUGUUAAUAUUCAACACAGCAAUACUGUAUUAUCAAUAACUAAAAAUAGUAAAGAUAAAAACAUUUUUGAAGAAAAUACUAAAAAAAAUAAAAAAUUAUUAUUAUCAACGAAAACAAAUAUGACAACAAUAAGUGAUGAUGAAGAAGAUAGCGAUGAUGAUGAUGAUGAUGAUGAUGAUGAUAAUAUAACUGCUGAUGCUGCUAAAAUAUAUGCAAUUAGUUCAGUAGAUGGUAAUGUGAUAUAUCAUGUAAGCAGUAGUAAUAAUAAUAAUAAUCAGAAUAGUAACAUAAAAGAUAAAAAAAUUAGUAAAAAAAAUCAACAUUUGCAAUCACAACAACAACAAAAUAAACAAUCAUUAAUAAAUCCAGUGAAUGUAAAACGUAUUUUUGCAGUUACAACAUUAGUAACGAAAAAUUCUGCAAGUAGUAGUGGUCAGCGUAAACAGCAACAAUACAUAACGGAAAAAAAUCAAUUUAUAAAAGAACUUAAAGUACCUCCUAGUAUAUCAAAUAAUUACAAUAUAUCUGUAUUUGUCAAUCCAAUGACAAAUUUGAAAAAUUCAUCAAUAAAAAAUCUGAAAAAGGCAACUUCAAAUGAUGAUGAUGAUAAUGAUGAUGAUAAUGAUAAUGAUAAUGAUAAUGAUAUGACAACAACAAUGAAAAUAAGAAAAUCAAGUUUAAAAAGUACACAAUCUUAUAAAAAGUCAUAUCAAAGUAAUGGCGUCGAUGGUUGUGAUGAUAAUGAUGAUGUUGAUGAUGAUGAUAAUGAUGAUGAUAAUAAUGAUAUCGGUAGUACUAGCUUUGAUGAGCGUAUUUUAAAAUCAACAGUAAUAAAUGAUAAUUAUACACAAGAUGAAUCACAAAAAUUAAAUAGAUGUUCAUCUUUGGAUUCAAUUGAAAAAAAUAAUUUAAUAAGCAUGCCGUCUAUAUUAAAUAAAGAAUUGAAAAAAGGUUUGAAUUCUUGUAUUAUGCCUAUAACAAACAGUAAUAUUUCACGGGAAAUAGUUGCAGGUGGUACACUUUUAAAAGGAAAAUAUAUUAGUCAUAACGAAUUUUCUGCUACCUAUAUUACAACAGCAACAACAACAACAACAACAACAGCAGCAACAACAACAACAUCGUUAGUAACACAGAUAAAUACAAAAAUUCCAGAUUGGACUACAAGUAAUAAUAAUAACAAUAAUAAUAAUAAUAAUAAUAAUAAUAAUAAUGGUGAUGAUAAGAAUGAAGUCAGCAAUGACAAUGAGUUGAAUCUUUGUACAACUGCUGAAGAAUAUUUUGAUAAAAAUAAUUCUAGUGUAAUUGUUAAGCAAGUUUUAGAUCGACUUAUAGAUAAUGUAUUAGAUAUUUGUGAUAGUAACGAUAGUAAAAAUAAACACCAAAUGAUUUAUGUGGAUAGUUAUAAAAAAAAUAAUUCAAUAACUGAUAUAACAUUAAAACCAAUGAAAGCUAAAUCUAUAAAAAAAUUGGGAUCAACUAAAACAAAAAUAAAAAAGAAAACAUCAACAACAACAGUAGCAGCUGCAGCAGCAGCAACAGCAGCGGCAGUAGCAGCGAUAAAACGUAGUAAUAAUAAUAAUAAUAAUAAUAACAAUAACAAUAAUAAUAAUAAUAAUUCAGGUGUACAUAAUUUACACUCUCAUAUGCUUCUUUACUGUGGUGUUUAUGAUUCUAUGCAAACACUUUACGCGUUAAAGGCUUUAAAAGCACAACUACUUACAAAUACUCGAAUGUUUUUAUUUGCCGCAGCAACAACUGGAAUUUCAAACAGUAGUAAUCUUUUAAUAUUAUUGGCAAGGCAUCGUAAAAGUGUACUUGGUACAAGUUUUUAUGGAGAUAUUACAAAUACUAAAUUUAUAUCAACAUAUAGAAGUAGUAUGUAUUUGGAGGUAUUAAUAACAGUAUGUUUAUAUUUUAUGCGUAGUUAUUAUCCAAAUCUUGGACAAAUGAGAUUAACUGCGGAAGAAAUAUCAGGAAAUCGUCAAGUUCAAUUAACAAGUGCUGAACUUCUUACAAUUAUAUUAUCUGAAUUGGUAACAAUCGUACGAGAUUCAGAACGUGGUUUUAGUUGUUAUAUUAUUGAUUUAAUGGCUAAAUGUAAAUUACAAAAAAUUAUUCUUUUUUGUCUUGUAUCUAGUGUAUUAAAUAUGAAAUAUGUUGCAACAAUGAAAAAAACGAAAAAAAAAAAAGAUAAUUUGACAUUUACUGAAGAAAUUGUAUUAUUCAAUGAUCCACCUUGUUCUUCUUCUUCUUCUACUUUUUCUUCGUCAUGUACAACAACAACAACAACAACAACAACAACAUCAUCAUCAUCAUCAUCAUGUAAUCAUCAGCAUCAACAACAAGAAAAGUUAUUAACUAAUAAAUGUAAAUAUAGAACAAGUCAUCAUACAGAAGCUUAUCAAAUACAAUUAUUAAAGUUAAUAUUAGCGACGAUAAUAUUAGAACAUCAAUGUAAUAGUAGUGCCGGUGGUAAUAAUAAUAAUAAUAAUAAUAGCAGUAGUAGUAAUAUCAGUGGUAAUAAUAAUAACAAUAAUAAUAACUCAACACAACAACAAAAAUCUGGUGGAAGUGGUGAUGAUGAUUUAAUGUCAUCAACUUCAGUAUCAUCUACGACAAUGAAUUUUAAUAAAAAUAAUUUUUUAUCAACUACAGCUGCUGAUGAUUUAGAAUAUAUUCCUGGUACACCAAUUGCUCAACAACCAAUAUUUCAAGCUAGUAUUAUAAGUGUAUUAAAACUAAAUCACAUGCGGCAUCUUCAUCAACAUUGGACAACACUUAUUACUUCAAGUCUUCCAUAUAUGGGAUAUAGUGUAUUUUUAACUCAAUUAAUAACAUCUGUUAUUAAUCAAUUGUGUCACAAUAUAGAACAAUUAGCAUUUUAUUACAAUAAAAAAAUUAAAUUAAAUAUAAAUAAUGAUAAAAAUUGUAAUAAUAGCGAUUACAAUGAUAAUGACAACGAUGAUAAAGACAAUGACGACGACGACGACGACGACGAUGAUGAUGAUGAUAAUAAUGAUGAAAUUAAUGAUAAUUCAAUAAUAAUUAAUGAUGAAAAUAUUGAAUGUUGUUUACCGGUUGAUUAUACCGUAACUCAUUUAGAAGCAUUAACUUUUUUACUUCAUUAUUGUUUACUUGAUAAUUCAACAGCUACACAACAACAAAUAAAUUUUAAUCAACCAUUUGGUGGUGGUUGUGGUAUCAAUAGUAAUGGAGGAUUAUUUUACAAUACUAAUAGUAUUUCAAGUUUCAAUAAUAGUAAUCAAAUAUUUACAAAUCUUAUUAAUGUUUUUUCACCUACAUCUUUUUUAAAUGAAUCUUCUGAAACAAUCACUGCAACAACAUCAACACCAGUUACAACAACAGCUGCAGCAGUAUCAGCAGCAACACCGGUUAAUGUAAAAGAUAAAUCUGUUAUAAACAGUAAUAAUAAUAAUAAUAAUAAUAAUAAUAACAACAACAACGCUAAUAAUAAUAAUAAUAAUAAUAAUAAUAGUAAUAACAGUUUGGUAAUGAAUAGUAAUGAACAAAAUCUUGUAAAAAGAGCAGUGUUGAGUCAUUUACCAAGAAUAAUAGCUUCAUUAUCAACACUUUGGCAAGCUGUUCUUGUUGCAACAAUACCAUCACCACCAACAACAAUAAUAAUACCAAGUAUAAUGUCAUUAACAUCAACAGUAGGAAAAAACAAUAAUAAUAUAAACAACAACAACAUCAAUAAUAACAAUAAACAAACAUCAAGUUUGUUUGAUGAUAAAUACAAAAGUGUUAUAAUUGGUAAUCCUCGUGUGGUUGUACAUCAACUUUUAGAACUUAUAUCACCAAUAGCUUUUCAUCAUGGAGUUAAUUUUCUUUCUGCAGUAGCUGUUGCAUGGCAUGAAAGGCGAGAUAAUAAUAAUAAUAAUAGUGGUAAUGAUAAUAGCAAUAAUAGUGGAUUCUUAUUAUUAGGUAUAAAAAAUAUAUUACCGGAAGCUUGUAUUAAUCAACAGGUAAUUGUUGAUUUAGUUGGUGCAAUACGUGUUAUGCCAAUAGAUACAUUAAUAAAGACAGUCAAUCGUGUUAUAAAAAAUCCACCGGUAAUAAAUGGUGUACAAAAAAACUUUUCAUUACAAGUAUCUGUUCUUGAAUUAUUAUAUGUUUAUAUAAAACAAACAAAUAUUUCAUCACAAUCAUUAGUUGAAUGUUGGAGUGCUCUUUUAUGUCUUUUGCGUGAUAGUCUUUCUACAUUAACAAUAACUGCAACAACAACAACAACAACAGCAGCAGCAGCUUCAGCAACAUCAUCGUUAUUAUCAUCAAAUGUAACUCAACAAUUACCAGCGCCAGCACAAUUUUUACUUUUGGCAAUUUUAAAUGAAUACAUUCAACGAUGUAGUACAUCAUUAACAACACCAAGUAUUAUGCAAGAAAAAAAAGAUAUAAGAGAUCUUCAAGAUAUAACAACAAAACUUGUUGAAUCUUGUUCAACGAUAGCUGGCGCAUGUUUAGAGCAAACAACUUGGUUAAGAAGAAAUUUAGCUGUACGAGAAGAUGUAUUAAUGGUAGCAGCAGCAACAUCAAUGACAACAAUAACAGCAGCAGCACCAGCAGCAGCAGCAGCAGCAACAACAACAACUACAACAACAACAGGCAAUCAACAACAACAACAACAACAACAAAAUGAUGGAAAAAAUCAAGUGUCUGGUGAAUUGACAUCAUUAAUAUUAGGAUCAGGAUUGGGAUCACCACCACCAAAUUCAGCUUAUAGUGUUCAAGCUCAAAUAGUAUUGGCUGAAAUAUUAGCACCAUUAUUAGAUAUUGUAUAUGGUGCUGUUGAUAAUAAGGAACGUGUUAUAACAUUAUUAACAAAUUUAAUGUAUAAUAUAACACCAUAUUUACGUAAUCAUACUAUAAAAAAUAUUCCAUCAUUUAUUGCUUGUUCACAAUUAACAAGUUCAUUAUCAGGUUAUCAAUAUACACGAAAAGCUUGGCGUAAAGAUGUAUUAGAUUUAUUGUUAGAUUCAUCAUUUUUUCAAAUGCCUGUAGGAUGUUUAACAUAUUGGAAAAUAAUUGUUGAUAAUUUAAUGACACAUGAUACAACAACAUUUCGUGAUUUAAUGAAUCGAAUAUCAUCAAGUAUAUCACAAAGUAGUGGUAUAAGUAUAUUUUCAUCACGUGAACAAGAAUAUGAACAAAGAGCACAAUUAUUAAAACGAUUGGCAUUUGUAAUUCUUUGUAGUGAACAAGAUCAAUAUCAUAAAUAUAUGCCAGAUAUUCAAGAACGUCUUGCAGAUAGUCUUAGAUUACCUCAAGUAAUUCCAACAAUUCAAGCUCAAGUAUUUUUAUGUUUUCGUGUACUUUUAAUACGUAUGUCACCUCAGCAUACAACAUCAUUAUGGCCAGUUAUUGUUAGUGAAUUGGUUCAAGUAUUUUUAUAUAUUGAACAGGAGCUUGGUAGUGGUACUGACAGCGAAGAAUUUAGUCGCUGUAACAGUUCUCAUAUUAAAUUAUUGUCAGCAUUGGAUUCUUCAUGGACAAUAAAUGCUAGUAAUGGAUUAUUAUUAGGUCACGGACAUCCUCAUUGGUUACAAUUACAAUUAUCAGCAUCAAAAUUACUUGAUUUAGCAUUACUUUUACCAGCACAUAAGUUGCCACAGUUUCAAAUGUAUCGAUGGGCUUUUUGUUGGAGAUGUAAAUAAUGUUACAAAUGAAUAUAUUAAUAAUACAACAUUGAAUUUUGAUUUU